AUGAAAUUUCGAUUUAAAAUUAAUAGUCAAACAUUUUCAAUAACAUUCGAUGAUAUUCAUGAUGAAUUAACAAUUUUUGAAUUAAAAAAUAAAAUUCAAAAACGUUUUUUAUCCUUGAGAAAGUCAAAUUUUCAUUUAUCACUUAAUGGCAUAAAUACAUUAGAUGAAGAAAAGACAAUGUCAGAAUAUAAUCUUCUUAUUCGAGAUACAAUUCAUAUAUUAAAUGAAACAAAUAAUGGAUCAAUAUCAUUAUUAUCAUUAGAUCAACCAUUAACACUUGAUGAAGUACGAGAUCUUCAUACAUAUCCAUUAUUAAUGCAUCGUCUUGUGGAAUAUUCACAUCCACAGGAUGAUUUUGAUUUUAUUGUUUUGGCUAUACAUGCAUUAAUGCUUGAAAGUGGUUUUCAAAUGGAUGCAGAAAAUGAUUAUGAUUUAACAAUAGCACGAAAAUCAUCAACAUUUUAUGUUAUUCGUUAUCGACAUAAAUUAUGUGAAGAAGAACGUAUUAGAUGUUCAUUAGCAAUUAUGAAAACAGAUUCAUUAGUAACGAUUGAUGGUGUUGUGAAUUCAAUUUCACAAGCAUGUGGAAAAUUAUCAUUUAAUAUUGGAAAUUAUUUAUAUACACAAAAACAAGCAACAACUUUAAAUGCAGCUUUUCCUUAUCAUAACCUUCGGAACUUAUCACGAUCAUUUAAAGACAAUUUGGCUAAUCGUCUUCUAUGUAAAUUACUAGAAGAAUCAGGUCAACGAUCGAGUGCAACAUUAAUCGGAUUACCAAAUGAAAUAAAACUUCGUUUAGCUAAAUAUCUACCGAUUAAAUCAUUAUUGGCUUUACAAUCUACAUGUCGUGAUAUUCACAAUACAUUAAAUGACAAUCUACUUUGGCAUGAUUUAUGUAUUCGAGAUUUUGAAAAAGCUGUUUCAAUUCCACAUACUCCAGACAGUUCAACACAUGGAAAAAAUUGGUAUAAACUCUAUCGAAUAAUGUAUGCUCAAAAACAAGCAACACUUCGACAUCAAAUAAAAUCUUCACCUUUUUUCCAUCCUACUUUAUUCCCAUUGGUUCCACCCGGUCAUCCAACACAUCGAUUACUUUUUCCAGAUACAUCAACUACAUUUCAUCCGUUUCCACCGACAAUUUAUCGACCUAUUCCACCAGGCAUUAUUCGCUUUUGUACAGCAAAUACUCAACAAGCUCAAUCCCAACAACAACAACAACAAGCUCAACAUCAUAUUUAUUGUCAACCAUUUAUUGGUUUGAAAUGGGUCGUGAUUUUUGCAGCUGCUACUAUGAUUCCAUUACCAUCAUGUUUUCAUCCUGUUUGGCUUGGCUAA